UUCUCUCUGCCUUCCUCAUGCGUGUGCUCUCACACAGCUCCAGUGCACUACUGAUGCUUCACCUCAUGCUCCUCUACCUGCGCUCACUGACUCAAUGGGCUUUUAGGAUCCUAACCGGCCGUGCUCUACAACAUCACACAAGAUUUUAAAGCAUUUCUACAGUGAUUUUUUUUAUUUUUUUUCCCCCCAGCUUGGUUUCAUUUCCUCCGAACGGAUUUAUCUUACUUUCUGACACAUUGCACAUAUUUUCUCCUAUCAAUGAGGGAUUAAUGAAGCUGGAGAACAGUCAGAGGCAGCCGUUGUGAUGACCAUUUAGGCAUGAGAUCUUUGUGACUUUGUGUGAGGAGAUAAAUGUACUUCUAAUUGUCUGCGUAACUAUUGGCAGACUGUCACAGAGCUGAAGAAAGUGGAGUUUGCCCAGCUAUAUUGAGCCAGCUUGUUGUGCCUUCCAAUACCAUGAGGAAGGGUCUGGAAACUGCCAGCUGCGGUCUAAGGCUUGGAUACAUCCUGCAAAUGUGUUUCCUACCUGCCCUGGCCAUAUUGACUGCCAGCAGUACUUUUGCAGCUCAAGAGUUAUCUAGACCCGGCCAACAGGACCCGAGACCAGAUGAUGACUUCUUUCAUGAACUACCAGAGACGUUCCCAUCAGAUCCACCGGAACCAUUGCCUCAUUUUCUCAUUGAACCGGAAGAAGCUUACAUUGUGAAAAAUAAACCAGUAAACUUGUACUGCAAGGCGAGUCCAGCCACGCAAAUCUACUUCAAGUGCAACAGUGAAUGGGUUCAUCAGAAGGACCAUGUUGUAGAUGAAAGAGUGGAUGAAACCUCAGGUCUCAUAGUCCGAGAAGUGAGUAUUGAGAUAUCACGACAACAAGUAGAAGAAUUGUUUGGAUUAGAAGAUUACUGGUGCCAAUGUGUUGCUUGGAGCUCUGCGGGAACUACCAAAAGCAGAAAGGCAUAUGUUAGGAUAGCAUAUUUAAGGAAGACCUUCGAGCAGGAGCCUCUCGGGAAGGAGGUGUCUUUAGAACAAGAAGUUCUUUUGCAGUGUCGUCCACCUGAAGGAAUUCCUGUAGCUGAAGUGGAAUGGUUGAAAAAUGAGGAUGUCAUUGAUCCUGUAGAAGAUCGGAAUUUCUAUAUCACAAUUGAUCAUAACCUCAUCAUCAAACAAGCCCGGCUUUCAGACACUGCCAAUUACACGUGCGUUGCCAAAAAUAUUGUGGCCAAAAGAAGAAGUACUACAGCAACUGUAAUUGUAUAUGUAAAUGGUGGUUGGUCCACAUGGACAGAAUGGUCUUCAUGCAGUAAUCGAUGUGGGAAAGGUUACCAGAAGCGUACAAGAAUGUGUACAAAUCCUGUUCCACUCAAUGGAGGAGCUGUCUGUGAUGGCCAAAGUGUCCAGAAGAUAAGCUGUACUACCCUCUGCCCAGAGGAUGGUGAAUGGACAGCAUGGAGCAAAUGGUCAACCUGUGGGACAGAGUGCACACAUUGGCGCCGCAGAGAUUGUGCCAACCCUCCACCAAGAAACGGAGGGAAAGACUGUGAGGGCCCUGUAUUACAGUCUAAGAACUGCACUGAUGGAUUAUGUAUGCAAAGCCCGAUUUUUCCUCUUUCACCCCGAACUAAUGAGCAGAAAACACAGAAGGAGUUUGGAUAUCCUUCCGCUCCAAGCUCGGACAAUGUCGCCCUGUAUGUUGGCAUUGUCAUCGCUGUGAUCGUGUGCCUCGCCAUCUCUGUCACCGUAGCAUUAUUUGUCUAUCGGAAGAACCAUCGAGGCUUCGAGUCUGACAUCAUUGACACUUCUGCACUGAAUGGUGGAUUCCAAGCAGUCAACAUUAAAGCUGCGAGACAAGAUCUCCUGGCAAUUCCUCCAGACCUCACAUCUGCAGCAGCUAUGUACAGAGGGCCUGUUUAUGCUCUACAUGAUGUCUCUGACAAGAUCCCAAUGACCAAUUCUCCUCUCCUUGACCCUCUUCCUAAUUUGAAAAUCAAAGUGUACAACUCCUCUGGCGCAGUAACACCUCAAGAUGAUUUGUCGGACUAUGCGUCAAAACUAUCUCCUCAAAUUACACAGUCCUUGCUGGAAAAUGACACCCUUAAUAUGAAAAACCAAAGUCUUGCAAGGCAAACAGACCCUUCAUGUACUGCCUUUGGCACAUUCAACUCACUAGGUGGACACCUGAUCAUUCCCAACUCAGGAGUGAGCUUGUUGAUUCCUGCUGGGGCCAUUCCUCAGGGAAGAGUUUAUGAAAUGUAUGUGACAGUGCACAGGAAAGAGAACAUGAGACCACCCAUAGAAGACAGCCAAACGCUGCUGACCACAGUGGUAUCUUGUGGACCUCCCAGUGCAUUAUUGACAAGACCAGCCAUUAUCACAAUGCACCACUGUACAGAAACGAAUGCAGAAGACUGGAAGAUCCAGCUUAAAGAACAGUCUGCACAAGGACAGUGGGAGGAUGUUGUGGUUGUCGGAGAAGAGAACUUUACUACUCCUUGCUACAUUCAGAUGGACUCCGAAGCCUGUCACAUACUUACUGAAACAUUAAGUACCUAUGCACUGGUGGGACAAUCUACAAGCAAAUCAUCAGCCAAACGACUGAAGUUAGCUAUAUUUGGGCCAACAACAUGUACAUCUCUGGAGUAUAAUAUUCGUGUUUACUGCUUGGAUGAUACUCAGGAUGCACUUAAGGAAGUGUUACAACAAGAAAGGAAAGUUGGAGGACAGUUAUUGGAUGAGCCUAAGACUCUUCAUUUUAAAGGAAGUACUCAUAACCUCCGCCUCUCCAUUCACGAUAUACCCCACUCCCUUUGGAAGAGCAAACUGUUAGCUAAAUAUCAGGAAAUUCCCUUCUAUCAGAUCUGGAGUGGAUGCCAAAGGAAUCUUCAUUGCACCUUUACUCUGGAACGCUUCAGCCUCAGCACCACAGACCUGUCCUGUAAGCUAUGUAUCAGGCAGGUGGAGGGGGAAGGACAGAUUUUCCAGCUGAAUUGUACAGCCACAGAGGAACCGAGCUGUAUUAUUGAUUAUCCUCUCAUGGAUUCCGCGAGCACCAUAACAACCAUUAUAGGACCAAGUGCUUUCAGCAUCCCUCUAACUAUUCGACAGAAACUGUGCAGCAGCCUAGAUGCUCCUCAGACACGAGGUCAUGACUGGAGGAUGCUAGCCCAUAAACUGAACUUAGACAGGUAUCUCAAUUAUUUUGCCACAAAACCUAGUCCAACUGGAGUAAUCCUAGAUCUAUGGGAAGCGCAGAACUACCCGGAUGGGAACCUCAGCAUGCUAGCUGCAGUCUUGGAGCAGAUGGGCAGACACGAAACAAUGGUAUCUUUGACGGGAGAAGAAAAAUAUUGAUCUUGACUAGGAAAUAUGAAGGCGGAGGAACUAAUGAAUAAAGUUACCAAGUUAUAAAGACCACCUGUUGAAGAGGAAUACUGACCAAUGAGUUCUACUACUUCUAGAAAAUUGACUUUGAUAUAAAUCUUUCUUGUAUAGUAACAUGAAGUGAAAAGGAGGGAAAAAAACAUGCAAAGCUGUAUCUCAAAUAUUAUAAACCAACCUGAUGCUCAUUCAGUGUGUGGCUUGUUAGAGGAUUUUACAGUUUCCUAGGAAACGAAAUUUAUUGCUAUCCAGAUACAUGGAUAAACUUUCUAUACAAUCCCAGCUCCAAUGGACAUUGUUUACAUCCACUGAUGGACAGGGGUUAUUGAUUCUGUCCCGUAACUAUUUCUAUUUUGUGCAAGCCAUCUAAGUGACAAUAGUGUGCUUCUCCAGGGUAUUUUGAGGAAAGCAGUAUUAUUUUCAAUGGAAACUGAUUACCUAGUGUCCAAUAAUCCCCUUGUCCUGGUUGUCUGUUCCAAGUUCUUUCAUCCAAGCAAAGAGCAGGA